ACUGACGAUUUGCUGCUGAAGUGGACUGACAGGGAUUUUCUUGCUAGUUUUACGGAUAUUUGUUUUUCGCUCGUCUCACAAGCCGCUCGUCUUCUGCAAAAAUGAUCUCCCUGACUGAUUCACAGAAGAUUGGGAUGGGCCUUACAGGCUUUGGUGUGUUUUUCCUCUUCUUUGGCAUGAUCCUGUUUUUCGACAAAGCACUCCUCGCAAUUGGAAAUAUCUUGUUUGUGGUGGGCCUAGCGUUUGUCAUCGGCCUCGAGCGCACAUUCAGGUUCUUCUUCCAGAAACACAAGAUGAAAGCCACCAGCUUUUUCCUGGGGGGAGUGUUUGUAGUUCUGAUUGGCUGGCCUAUUAUUGGAGUGGUUCUUGAAUUUUAUGGGUUUUUCCUUCUUUUCAGGGGCUUCUUCCCAGUAGUGAUUGGCUUCAUCAGAAGGAUACCAGUGCUGGGGUCUCUACUGAACCUCCCCUUUAUCAGUGGGUUUGUGGACAAAGUCGGAGAAAGCAACAACAUGGUAUAACAGAGAGACUGUUCUUUCUUUCUCCUCACCUCUUAUUUAUGGCGAUAUCCCCUGAAGCAGCUUUAAUCCCCCGUUGGUCAAACAAAGUACUAAAAGGUCAUAUUUUAAUGUGUUCUUUUCAGACAAAUUUCCAGGAAAAUGUCUAUGUUUAUGUUUCAUUUUGCUGACAAGGAGUGGCUAACUGUGUGGUGUUGAGCAGAGGCCACUGCAUUGUCAUAGUGACAGUGCAAGCUACGGGCAGUGGCUGACCAAACCCAACCAGGCUUGAUGUAUUUUACAAGGCUCCUUAUGCCAUUGCCCUGCGCAGUUUUUUUUUGUUUUUUUUUUUAAACUCUGCAGAGGAUCCUCCUUAAAGAAUGGAGUUAAUCAGGCCAGACCUGAAUUGGAGCUGUUUUGGUUAACAGACAGAAGAGGACAACUGUGACCGGCUGACCUGCUAUGAUGAAAGGCUUGGAUUCUGUUACAGCAGUGACUCUGUUACAUUGUUGUACCUGUGGUCCAACUUUGGAGGAAGGAAAGUUGGGACUUGUCUGAAGUGGGGUCUUAUUCCCCCUUUCGUGUGCUCUCUUAGAGCUAUUACUUGAGUGCCAGGUGUAUCUGUUUCAAACAAAUUAAGUCAGUGAUCACUCCUUUGUAUGAUUCGCUGAGAAACGUGUUUUUGUUUUUUGUGAAAGUACAUGUUGCUUUGAUUUUAAUCUUUGUAAAAUCAUCACAAGACUGUGGGAAA